AUGCUACUAGUAAUCCGCUUGGAUCUCCAGCUUCACACUCCCAUGUAUUAUUUCAUCAGUCAUCUGUCCUUCCUUGAUCUCAGCUACUCUACAGUCAUUACUCCUAAAACCUUAGAAAACUUACUGACUUCCAACAAGGAUAUUUCAUUUGGUGCUUGUUUCACCCAGAUGUAUUUUUUUGCCUCCUUGGCUGCUACUGAAUGCAUUCUUUUGUCUUCAAUGGCCUAUGACCGCUAUGUAGCUAUUUGCAAUCCUCUACUAUACCCAGUUGUUAUGUCUGUGGCCCUUUGUCACUCCCUCAUCACUGCAUCCUAUGUAACUGCAUUUAGUGAAACCUUCGUCAUUGUGAUUGCUGUGAACACCUUGCAUUUCUGUGACUCCAAUGUAAUCCAUCACUUUUUCUGUGACACAACCCCAAUUAUAGUCCUGUCUUGCACUGACACACAUGAUGUGGAGAUCAUAACAUUCAUUAUUGGUGGCUGUACACUACUAGUGUCUCUUGUAAUCAUCUUUGUGUCCUAUGCAUCCAUUGUCUCUACUAUCCUGAAAAUCAAAUCCACCUCAGGCAAGCGAAAAGCCUUCUCUACCUGUGCCUCCCACCUCCUGGGGGUCUCCAUCUUCUAUGGCACCCUCAUUUUCACUUAUUUAAAGCCAAGUAAGUCCUACUCCUUGGGAAAGGACCAAGUGGCCUCUGUUUUUUAUACUAUUGUGAUCCCCAUGCUGAAC